UUCUAUAUAAACCCCCCAAAGCCUCUUGUAUUCCUUCAUGCAAAGCUUCGACUAAUCACACACUAUAAUCCUAUUCAUCAACAUUGCAUCUCCUAUAUCUCUCUUUAUUUCCUUCCUUCCUUGUUCAAAUCGAGUUUGUUCACUCCUGUUUGGUAUUUCCUUUUUCCAAAGUUUUCAGUAUACGUUUUCAUCAUGAAGAAGGCUUCAGUUUUCUUGAAGCAGAUAAUCACCUUGCUGAGCUCGAUAGCCAAAGCCAAGACAAUGGCGAUCAAGAGCAAAACCAGCGCGGCCAAGGCUCGCCUCGUAAUGUUCUCUUUGCUGAAGAACAAGAAGGUCUUGAUGGACACUGUCUCCCACAAGUUUCAUAACCUCCUCGGCCACCACGACAAAGACAGCAACCAAGGGGAUGGCGAUGGAGACGAGAGCCGGGCCAUUGUGCUCUACAAUGCCAUUGCCAACGAGUACUCGCAUGCAGCUGGCUCGAGCCGCCUGCACACUAUUGAAGACGAGGAGGAGGAUGACAAUGACAAGUACCCAGAUCUGAGGCACUGCCUUUUCGACGAAGACGAAAACUUUGAUGACAUUAAGGCCGGUGUGUCUGUGGUUGAUAUUGUCAAGAAUUCGAGAGUGGAAGGAGAGGAUUUCAAGCUGGAAGACGAGAUAGAUCAAGUUGCGGACUUGUUCAUUACAAGGUUUCAUAAACAAAUCCGCUUGCAGAAGCUUGAGUCGUUCAAGAGGUACAAAGACAUGCUCGAGAGAAGCACCUAGACUGGACUUAAUUUCUCAGUGCAAAAUUUUUUACAUACAUGUGGGGGGCAUUCAAUCCAACCCGCCCUCCUUAUAUUAUAUCUACUAGCUAGUACUUCUGUACUUGAUCAGCCAACUCCUCACGCAGAUAAUUGGCCCGGCCGGUUUCAGAAGUUAUAUACAUAUAACUGAAACCAUAGGCUUCGGGGUUUGGGGAUUGUUUCUAUUUUUUCUUUUUUCUUUUUCUCUUUGACAUUUGUUGCCUUGUAAUUUGCAUAAGCUUAAUGCUGCUACCACUACUGAUGUAUAGUUUUGAUAUGAAUAAACGUUGGUAUUGGUAUGGUA